AUGCCUGCCUUCAAUGUUGUUGUCUUCGGUGGUGACCACUGUGGUCCUGAGGUUACCGCUGAGGCUAUCAAGAUCCUCAAGGUGAUCGAGAAGAACCGUGAUGUUACCUUCAACCUGCAGGACCACCUGCUCGGUGGUGCUUCUAUCGAUGCCACCGGCUCUCCUCUCACCGACGAGGCCCUGGAGGCCGCUAAGAACGCUGACGCUGUCCUUCUGGGCGCCAUUGGUGGACCGAAAUGGGGCACCGGCGCCGUCCGCCCUGAGCAGGGUAUUCUGCGUCUUCGCAAGGAGAUGGGCACAUUCGGCAACCUGCGCCCCUGCAACUUCGCCGCUCCCUCGCUGGUCGAGAGCUCCCCCUCAAGGCCGACGUUUGCCGUGGCGUCGACUUCAACAUCAUCCGAGGACGAUGGUUCCGGCUUCGCCAUGGACACUGAGCCCUACUCUCGCGCCGAGAUCGAGCGCAUUAUCCGUCUGGCCGCCCACCUGGCUCUGCAGCACAACCCCCCUCUCCCCGUGUGGAGUCUGGACAAGGCCAAUGUCCUGGCUACUAGCCGUCUGUGGCGCAAGGUUGUCACUGAGGUUAUGGCUAAGGAGUUCCCUCAGGUCCAGAUUGGUCACCACCUGAUUGACUCCGCUGCCAUGCUUAUGAUUAAGGACCCCCGCAAGCUGAACGGUAUCGUCGUUACUAGCAACUUGUUCGGUGAUAUCAUCAGUGAUGAGGCUAGUGUCAUCCCCGGCUCCCUGGGUCUCCUGCCCAGUGCCUCUCUGAGCGGUAUCCCCGAUGGCAAGAACCGUGUCAACGGUAUCUACGAGCCUAUCCACGGCUCUGCCCCCGAUAUUGCCGGCAAGGGCAUCGUCAACCCCGUCGCCGCUAUCCUCUCCGUCGCCAUGAUGAUGCAGUACUCUUUCGGCAUGUUCGAUGAGGCCCGCAUCAUCGAGAAGGCUGUCGAGAACGUUAUCGAGGCUGGUGUCCGCACAGGCGACAUUGGCGGCAAGGCCACCACUGUUGAGGUUGGCGAUGCCGUCGUUGCCGAGCUCGAGAAGCUGCUCAAGUAG